AUGUGGUUUGAAGCAGGAACCAAAGUGUCCACCAAAGUGACCAAGGUGAUAACAGCAACCCGAUUCGUGAAUGAUAUUGGAAAGCUCUCAUGUGGGAAGCAGACGCCCGGACUUGAGGCUUUCCAUAGUGUCAUAAACCACUUCGCCCCAAAGCAGCUGCAUUUCCAUCAUGAAGGAAUGAAAAGCAGGUUGUACCUAGCAGGACUACACUACAAUGAGAAUGGAAACAAAGACCAGGCAGUAACACGCACAGGUGAUGAAAGAUGGUCAAUCAUAUUUCCAAAAGUCAAGAAGGGGGCUUACUCUGUUCGUCCCAUCAAGAAAGCUAGCACACACGAUUACAUCCAGAGAUUACUUCCUGAAGUCCAACGAAGAUGCAUCAACAAUAUCCAACCUGAGAAGAAGAACACGUACGAGGCACUGUGCGCAAGCUACGAUCAUCCAGACAAAGCCACUGCUGUUGAAAAGUACCAGACAACGUUCCGUCGUUUUAACAACAAAUGAACUUUCAGUCUUUCACUAACUUGUGUCUUACUUUUUCUUGAGAGUGGGGUAUUUAAAACCUACAAGUUCUCCUUCAGCUGGAAAUGUCUUUCGAAUCACAUCCAAAGCACAGGCUGGCAGCGGCACUCGAUUUUCUUUCCCGAGGAAGCCCCAGCACCAGGCAACUAGCUGACGAUAUGCGAUGUAUCUGUAUUUCCUGAAAGAUAAUGGCAUUCAUUUUAGCUUCUGGUGAUGUACCAGUAUGUGCAAA